CACAACUCAGUCACAUGAUUUACAGGGAUGAUGCUACAUUAUAUUAUCCUCAGCUUACUUCCAUCCGCAGUAUACACCUGUACAUUUCCGCUCUCCACUGGGAGCUGGACAGACAGCAAAUAUGGAACAGUGCAUUUUUCAGGAAGCAUUAUGUUUAUGUCACAGAAGGGGUACGGCACAGGGGCUACAAGUACAAACUGGACGUGUGUAACUGUCAGUGGGUCUAAAUAUCUAGCAAGAACCACCACCACGGUAUCUCUGACGUAUGGAUCCAUAGGAACUCUUCAGCUGUACCUGUAUUUGUGUAUGGAUAUUACUACGGUUACGCAAUAUUCUUAUUAUUACUACCAGCAAACAGAGGACAGCGUCGAUCUGGGGCGAAUGAAAGGGAGCGUGUCUGAUUCCUAUGGAAUUUCUGACGUGUGCACGACAACUACUCCAGUAGAACUUUUCCAAGUUCUUGUUAAACAAGGGUCCGAGGAGAACGCCAUGACGACCUGUCCUACGCCAUUACUGGGUUCUUUUACCUACACUUAUUACGACAGUUCUACGUCAUGUGGGGCGAACUCGGAGUGGGACGGAUGUACAGAUACCUCACGUAUCACACUCAACUACACGCUUUGUAGCAGGGUCGUAGCUUACUCGGCUGGAGGUAAGCUUGGAUGUGUAGUAAAAAUCCAAUCCGGAACUAAUUACUAUGUAGGGUUGUAUAACUUUGAUUCAACAGUAGAUGGUGCAGCAACCAGAAGAUACACCUGUCUGGCUUUGUCUUCCGGAACUUACGUCAAUGUCUCUCAGUCACCUGACCACUGCCAAACGUCACAAUCCGCCAGCGUGUUACCGACAUCGGGAGCAUUACUUAGUUUGUCACAAACAGUUUCCUGUGCUCCAACUUCUUUAGCCGAGGAUGACGAUACGUUAGCAAUUGUUUUGUCUGUCCUGGCCGUUCUGUUUGUUAUCUACGUGAUCGUGGUUGUAUCCCUGUAUUGUUAUAGGCGAACCUACUGGAAGAAAAGGAUGGAGAGGAAACCUUUAAUUAUUCCAAAAGAGCUGCCGACUGGUGGACAUGAACUUCUAGCCGAGUCUGAGACGACAACGGAUGUUAACGCCGCCAUUAAGCGGGAGGGAACUCAUAUCUCCGUUCUAGAUGGUGGAGGACAACCACAAACAAGACUGAUGGAAGACAGAAUGAAUAACAUCGUGCCUAUACCUAAUGCCAAUGUUCGUCCUCUAUCUAGGUUUUAUAUCAGUAAGAAGGUUCCGAGAAUCGAUAAACUUCAAAGCUAUCGCCACAAAGAAAUGCAUAAAGUUUCUCAAGUCUUCAGUCGCAACAGUAGCCAACAUUCUCUUUAUCGUCCGACGGUAGCCAGCAGACAAUCUUCCAUGCCUCGAUCUAGGACCUUACAUCGAGGUUCUACACAAACAUUGACAGACGGUAGUCUUUAUUCGGGGACGCUUCCCUCCAUGAGGAGUUCAUCUAGUGUGAGACUAUCCAUUUACAGUUUAUCCAGCAAACAAGACGCCAAGUCCUUAGCGUCGUCUGGUUUUGGAAGUGAUGAUGGCAGAACUAUAUUCCCGGAGCCAGAGAUUACGGAUAGGAAUAAGACAUUGUCUAGGGCCAGCAGAUCAACGUACAACAAGGUGCGCCCUGUGUCACAUGGUCAAAAUACUGAACCACAAGUGCCUAGUUUGUACAAUUUUGUGAUGGCUGAAGGAUAGUUUAUUAUAGUUUAUCAUUUAAAAAUAAUAAGUGUAGAAUAAUAUUCGUUAUUAUAUUGUAUGUACAUAAGAUUUUGGCGUUUCUGCAAAUCAUCAUGCAAGCCAAUCCCUUGAUCACAUCAUGAAACAAAACAUUAAACAUUUACUAGUAUAUUUUUGUAAUAAAACAUAAUUAUACAAGAUGACUGUCCAUCCAAAAACAAAUCUAGACAACAGUAGA